AUGACUUGUACCGAAGCUGUCCCGGGGAAGACCCGCAUCGGCUGGAUCGGCACUGGUGUCAUGGGCCGAUCAAUGUGCGAAAACCUCCUCAAGAAAGGCUUUUUAUUAACGGUCUACAACCGCACCGCCAGCAAGGCAGCGCCGCUGCAGCAGCAGGGAGCAGAGUUGGCUGAAAGUGCUGGAGCAGUAGCAGCAAAAAGUGAUGUUUUGUGUCUCAUGGUGGGGACCCCAGAGGACGUGCAGCAGCUAAUAUUUGGAAAGGAGGGUUUAGCGGAAAAACUUGUGAAAGGCUCUUGCCUUAUUGACUUCACCACCUCCAGUCCAGCCCUUGCAGACCAAGUGUACGUACACCUCAAGGCUAAGGGGGUUUAUGCUUUAGACGCUCCCGUCACAGGAGGAGAUGUGGGGGCUAGGAAUGGCCAACUGACAGUCAUGGCUGGAGGAGAUGCAGCAGCAGUUGCAGCGAUGCAGCCGCUGCUGCAGGCUUUCGCAACGACAAUCAUACACACUGGGCCCGCAGGAUCAGGCCAGAGGACGAAACUGGCUAACCAAAUAACGCUCUGCACAAAUCUAGUGGGACUGGCGGAGGGUUUGCUGUUUGCUGAGCGAGUUGGCUUGGACCUGGAGAAAACCCUCGCAGUUCUUUCAGGGGGUGGCGCCGCCAGCUGGUCGGUGUCCACUUACGGGCCUCGAAUCCGCGACGGCGACUUUCGCCCUGGCUUCUUCGUCGCCCAUUUGAUUAAAGACCUUCGUCUAGCUUUGGAAGAGGCAUCUCGAGCCAAGCUAGCCUUGCCAGGCCUGGGUCUGGCGCUGCAGCUGUACCAGGCUUUAGAAGCCCAAGGAGGAGGCGCCUUGGGAGUGCAUGCAUUAAAGUUGGCUCUUAGCAGCAUUAAUGAAAAGCAAAAGAAUGUUCAACAAGUUGCUGAGCAAAUGAAAUAA